ACCUCGUCGAGGAGCCACCAGCCGGGGAGAAGCCGCAGCGGAGCGGCGGAGCGCGGCGGGAGAGCCGCGGGCAAUAAGGCAGCGCUCGGGCCCCGAGGAAGGAAGAGGGAAGGGACAGUUAUUGCCGCGGUCUCCCCCGGGCCCUCUGCCACUUCCCAUUAAGCAUGGACGCGCAGUCCCUGGACGCAGCGGUGCAGGGCGCCCUCCGUGCCCUCUACCCGCCCUUCGAAGCCACGGCCCCGACGGUGCUGGGCCAGGUCUUCCGCCUGCUGGAGACCAGCUACCGCGGGGACGGGCUCUGCUGCCUGCUCGAGUUCCUCAUCCCAGCCAAGCGCCUCUUCGAGCACGUGCGGCAGGCGGCCUGUGCUCCCUACUUUAACUGCAUCUUUCUCCAUGAAGGCUGGCCCUUGUGUCUGCACGAGAAAGUGGUCGUCCACCUCGCGCCGCUCAACCCCCUCCUGCUGCGCUCCGGGGACUUCUACCUGCAAGCGGAGCCGUGCGAGGAGCACUCGGCGCGCAUCACCGUCAAGCACCUCUCGCAGGACCUGCGCAGCGUGGAGGAGACGCCCAUCCCCGAGGCCACCUACGCGCUGCUCUUCACCAACGAGUGGCUGGAGGAAAUUAAUUGCGACCAUGCCGGGCCCCCCCUGCACACCUGCCUGGUGGCCACUGAGAAUGGCAUUGCCCCGCUGCCGUGGAGCAAGAUCGCCACGCCAGAGUUCAUUGACAAGCCCAAGGCUGGACCCGACACCGUGCCCACGGGUGCCCCAGAUGUCCCAGCUCCUGAGCCUGCAGCAGCAAUCACACCCGUGCCCCGCGGCACGGCAGGCACCCCCGAGCCCUACAGCAACAUCACAGGCACCAUCCCAGGCUGCAAGGACGCCUCCUGGAAGUCAAACCAGGGGAGAUAUCCGGGGCUGAUCAAGGUGGACCAAGCUGGUUCGCGGCAUACGCCAGCCACGCUGGCUGUGCCAAGCCUCCAGGAGAUCGUCAGCCAGAACCUGGAGGGGGAGUACGUGGACCUGCUGGACCUCUCCCAGGAGAAGCUGGACCUCCUGGCCAGGUCCCUGCCGCCCGCCCACCCAGUGGGGCAGGGGGCUGCGGCGGUGCUGCCCUGGGCGAGCGGAGGCCCAGGGGUGGGCUCCUGGCCCCGUGGGGGGUGGCCGAGCUCGCCGGAGGGUCCCUGCAGCCCAUGCCAGAAGAGGAGGCUGAGCGGGGAGCCGGGGCUGCACGGCCCACGGUGCCGCCACCGCGACUCCUACCUGGCCGCCCUGCAGAACCCGGUGAGCUUCGGCCCCGGGCUGAUGGCAGCCAUCCUGGAGGAGCCAGACAGCCCCGUGCCCCCUGCUGCCCCAUGUAAGACCCCCGCACCAAGUGGCAGCAGGGCUGGCCACCCCAGCAGCCCCCCGCUGCUCACCCACCGCCCCCGCGGGGCCAGUCCAGGGGUGACAGGGGGAGAGGCGGCCGGGCCGGGCAGCCCCCGGCUCCCCCCGGCCCCUGCUCGCUCAGAGGCGGCAGGCUCUGGCCACAAGUUCUCCUUCCUGAAGGGCCCGCGGCUGGGGACAGCACCCGGGGACGGCUCCACCAGCCAGCACGAAGGGGGCUGGAAGAAGGUGUCAGCCAUUUACUCGCCCAGGAUGGGCAGAGCCAAGCCAGCUGGGAAAGGUACGGAUGCAGCGGCUGCAGCCCCCACGGAGGACGGGCCCCUGCAGAGCAUGGGCAGCCAGAACGGCCCCUCGGUGCCACGGAGCCGGCAGCCACCAGCCUGGCAGGAGCUGCACACCGGGCUCCUGCGCUCCGGCAUCAUCUGCCUGCCAGGUGGCACGGACAAGCUGGGCAGGGCCCUCCUGCAGGUGACCACCAGCGGCAGCGCCUGGGGGGCCGCCUGGUGCUCUGCUGCUGAGCUGGCGAGGCUCCUCCUCUGCCUCUGCUCCCUCCCCAGGAAGGAUGCGAAGGACAGCGGGCUGACAGCCGUGGUGGACGCCAGGAGGCAGCCUCCCUCCCCGGCUCUGUUCUCUGCUCUCCGCUCCAUCCAGAGCGUCUCGCCAGGCUGCAUCCACAGCGUGCUGCUGCUGGCCGACAAGGAGCUGGGUGCCCACCGCGAGAGGCUGCCCGGCAUGCAGGUGGAGACCCUGACGUCGCUGAAGGCCCUGGGCCGCUACGUCGACAGCUCCCAGGUGACAGCGGAGCUGGACGGCACCUUCCCCUACUGCCACGGCGAGUGGGUUCAGUUCUUCCAGAAGCUGCAUCCCUUCGCGGCCAGCCUCAGGCGGGCGUCGGAGCUGCUGCAGAGCUGCAUCCAGGAGCUGCGGAGCGCCGACGGCCUGGCGGGGACGCAGGAUGCGGCCACAUGCAUCGGGCGGCACCAGGAGCUGAUGCGCAGGGUGCUGAGCGACCCGCAGCUGGUCCUCCUGCAGCGCGAGGGGGGGGCCGUGCUGGCACGGCUGCGGAGGGAGGCCGCCCGGCUCAGCACCUCGCCCCACGUCAGGGCCAGCAUGGAGGCAGCCGAGGGGCUGUACAACCAGCUGGAGGAGGAGGUUCACGACCUGGUGUCGCAGUCCAACAGCUGCCUGGAGCGCCUGGAGUUCCUCCGAAAGGUCCGGGAGCUGGAGGCCGAGUUCGGCAAGCUCGGGCGCUGGCUGGACGGGGAGGGAGCGGCACGGCUGCAGGAGAUGGGUGCUGAGGAGUGGAGCCCCGACAGCUUCGAGAAGUCCUUCGAGCGCUUUAACGAGUUCCUCCGUCAGGCCACAGCUCAGUACCGGCACGGCCUGGCUCUGUGUCAGGAAGCGGCUGAGGUCCAGGAUUCGGUGUUCCCCGAGGCAGACCCCUUCCAGGUGGCUGCAGCCCUUUUCCAGACGAAGCUGGUGAGCUUCUACAGGCACGUGGAGCGGCGGCAGGCAGAGCUGGAGAUGCUGCGCGAGCUCUGCAGGUUCUCCAGCAAGAUCACGUGGCUGAACGUGGGCUGCAGGCAGUGCUCAGCACGGGUGAAGCAUGGGGGGAGCCCAGCAGGGUGCCCGGAGGCUCUGCAGUGCCUGGAGAGCUCCUUCCAGAAGCUGUCGGUGGAGUUCUCCAUGGAGAAGCUGCAGGAGAUGCAGGCGCAGGUGCGCAGGAUGCAGAGCAGCAGCGGGCUGGGAGCCUGGACUGAGGCGUGGCACAAGUACCAGGAGACCCGGCAGAUCCUCGAGGAGAUGCUGGCAGAGCUGCGGGAGGCCUGGGGAGCACAGGCUGAUGGGCAGGGGGGUGCCCCCGGCUCCUCGGGGUCUGCAGCCCCAGCCCACCCAGCAGCUCCCAGCCCUGAGCGAGCUGCGGCCGAGGGAGCGGCGCAGGACUCGGGGCAGCCCACAGCCAGCAGCGCUCCUAGCCCUGCUGUGGGCACGGAGCCAGGUGAAGCCACCUGCUCAAUGCCGAAAUCCCCGCAGCCACACUGCGAGGGGGUGCAGGAGGGCGAGCACACAUCGCGGUGCCGUGGGGCGGCAGGCGGCUCCCUCCCAAAAUGUGACAGCAGAGCCCGGCGGGGGACUGGAGGAAACCCGUCCCAGGAGCUCAGCCCACCCCGUCAGACGCAUCCCUCCACGCCUCCUCCCCAGGCGGGUCUUCUGGGCCAGCCGGCGGCUCAGAGGGCGGACACCACCCAGUACUUCCAGGUUUCCAGCCACAGCAGUUUCUCCUCCGAAGACUCAGACUCACAGACCUCCACCGAGGAAGCCCCAGCGGCGAGCCUGGCUGUGCCCCGGGACCUGCCGAGCCCCCGGCUGCCCAGCGCCUCUGAAAAGCCCCCCCAGAUUGUUUACCUGGAAAACCACUGCACCGAGGGGCUGGGUAAAGCAAAUGCCAAGUAAAAGCAGUCCCUUUCCGUCCGGGCUGUCUCUGCCCGGCUGUGGAUAUCUCGAUCCCUGACUGGGGCGUCCCCUGCUUGGAGCUGGGGCACUGGGACCCACUGCCCAACACUGAGUCUCAGAUUCCUUCAUUUUUUUUCAGUUUCUCAGCAUUUAACACUCACCCCUCUGUGAAACAGCAGUAACCUGAUUUACCAGAACUCACAAGAUUAAUCAAUAAUCCUCUAGCUGUGUAGCAAUCAUCAUGUAAAGUGCAUUUAUCCGUGCAAGGGCCGGGUUUGCAUCAUGCCAGCAGCCCAGGUGCCCAGCAGCUGUGCCGGGGCACUGCGGGGG